AUGUUUGAGAAGAUAGCAAAAUACAUCAGGGAGAAUCUUGAGCUGCUGGACAAUAGGCCUGAUGGCACCUACUGUUUCAUGCUGCACUCCUACUGGGUGUACUGUGUGAGUGAAAAGAUCUUGAAGUUGGCUGCCAACAUCUCUGGUGACAAGCUGAUGUUGCUGGGGACCUGCUUGGGAAAGACUCACAAAUUCCAGUUGCACAUCACAGCUCUGGAUUACCUCACACCCUAUGCCAAGGGUUUUGAGGUGGCAGCAAAGUCUACACAAGACUGCAGGAAAGUAGACCCCAUGGUGAUUGUGGUAUUUCAUUAAGCAGACAUUGGGGAAUAUGUGUGACUUGAAGAAACAUUAACUUAA